AAUAUUUACUUUAAUUUUUUCUUUUCAGAAUACAAAUUUAUCUCCAAUGGCAAAAUCAAAUGAUAAACUUCUUUUGGCUAAUUUAAAGGAAAUUUUAAGGACAAAAGUAAAACUAGAAGAUCAAACUGAAAAUAUCAGAAUUUUACAAAUGGUGUUAGAUGAAUUAAUUAAAGAAAUGAAGACUGAUAAAUUAUUUUAUCAUCUUUUUGAAAAUAUAUAUUACACAGGAAGUUAUUUUGAAAAAUUGAGAGUAAAAGAAGCAACUGAAUUUGAUUUAAAUUUGAUUUUGACUUUUCCUAAGAUUAUGAAUUUUCAGGUAACAACUGACCAUUCUCCUUCCUCGUUUGUUACAUGCCAAUUAAAAUCUGAAUUGAAAGAAUUAAUGCAUGAGAAGAAUUGGGAAUUAAAUAAAGAAAUCUUACGAAAAUUUUCUAACAGAAAGAAUUUUUUGGAAGCAGGAAAAAUUAAAAAUUGGCUUCAAGGAAUUGUAGAUUCAGCAAUUAAUAAAUUGGGAAAAAGAAAUAAUUUACCAAAGAUAAUCAGACAUUUAAGUGGACCUGCAAUAACAAUAUAUAUUAUUACUAAAAAUGGAAUUCAGAUCGAUGUAGAUUUAGUUCCAGUAUUAAAAUUUAAUUGGCCAUUUUGGCCUGAAGGUGCAGCACAAUAUUUUUUAAAUAAUAUUCCACAUGAUGAAAGAUAUUGGUUUAUCGUACCAAAGUUACCUCCAUCAGAAAUAUGUGAAGUAAAUCAAAACAUUUCAUAUCAGUGGCGACUUCAUUUUCCACGAAUUGAAAAAAAAUUAAUACAUGAUAAGGGAUGCUUAAAGUCAAUAAUUAAAUUAUUGAAGGUAAGUUAUAUGAUCUAA